UUCUGUAUAGCUUAUACUUUUUUAGGGGGUGUCCCACAGAGGUACCUGGGUUUCGAACAAUGAUGAUCUCACACCACCGUUUUUAGUAACUUUAAUACGAACUUGCACUUUCUGUUGCGCAGCAAAAAAUCCAUAGAACUCUGUGCAGCCCGCGGUCACGUUCACCACACACCUAUUUUCCGUGAUAUUGCACACACGCCUAUUGCUGGUGUUGCGUAAAUUGGAAAGUUCCCAUCCUCGAAGAACGAAAAAUUGAUGAGUGUUGAGUCGGGACUCGGUGUAGAGACGUUGGUUUAACCUUGGUGCACCGCCGCAUCAACUGACCGUUGAUCAUGGGUGUGACUAGUGGGAAAUCGGAGUCGUUUCUCUCUGCGGUGCUGUGUGCUGUAUUACUUGCCAGCGUUUGUAACAAUGCAGUACAUGCAGCAAUUCCUGUGCGUUUGGUGAAUGGGAACACACCCAACGAAGGCAGAGUGGAAAUCUUCUACCAAGACCAAUGGGGGACGAUUUGUCAUAACGGCUGGAGUAGUAGAGAAGCCAAUGUCAUCUGCCGACAGCUCGGCUACCCUUCUGCAUCCCAGGCCUGGCGUAGUGCACAUUUUGGCCGAGGAUCCGGGCCUAUUUUCUUGGCCAAUGUGCAGUGUGAUGGACAUGAAACGAGUAUUGAUCAAUGUGAUCACACAGGAUGGUUCAAUUAUGAUUGCAAUCAUAAUGGUGACGUUGGCGUAACUUGUGAAUCAGACACUACAGCCUUUCCAGUCCGUCUGGCUGGUGGGAAUGCGCCUCAUGAGGGGAGAGUAGAGAUAUUCUACCGCUGUAAUUGGGGUACAAUCUGUGGUGGUAACUGGGGCAUUGAAGAGGCAAAUGUCGUCUGUCGACAGCUGGGCUACACGUCUGCAACUGACGCCUGGCGGAAUGCUCACUUUGGUCAAGGAUCAGGGCCAAUUCUUCUUACUAGUGCUGUAUGCCACGGCGGUGAAUCAAGCAUUGAACAAUGCAAUCAUGAUGGAUGGUAUAAUCAUGGCUGUAGGUCGCAUAACUAUGAUGUCGGAGUAACAUGUAACGUAACAUUUGCCAACCCAGUCUCAGUUCGUCUCACAAAUGGCAACACCCCAUUUGAAGGACGAGUAGAAAUACACCACGAUGGUCAGUGGGGCACAGUCUGUGACGAUGGCUGGAGCAUUGAGGAGGCAAGCGUCAUCUGCCGAAAACUCGGCUACCCUCCUGCAUCACGGGCCUGGCAGAGUGCUCACUUUGGCCAAGGAUCAGGACCGAUUCUCCUGAGUAAUGUUGCUUGCAAUGGCACCGAGCCAAACAUAAACCUAUGUGAACACAGUGGAUGGUUUAGUCAUAGUUGUAAUCACGCGGAUGAUGCUGGAGUGACUUGUGGAGAAUCUCUAAAUGCCAAUGUCUCUUCACCAGUUGCAGUGCGUCUGAUGGAUGGCAAAGUGCCCAAUGAAGGAAGAGUAGAAGUGUACUACCGAUGCAACUGGGGUACAAUCUGCCAUCGUGGUUGGAGUAUUAAAGACGCCAACGUUAUCUGUCGACAGCUUGGCUACCCUUCUGCAUCCCAGGCCUGGUACAGCGCACACCUUGGUCGAGGAACAGGGCCAAUUUUGCUGGACAAUGUCAAUUGUGCUGGGGAUGAAUCCAGUAUUGACCAGUGUGGCCACAGUGGAUGGUUCACUCAUAGUUGUUCCCAUUCUGCUGAUGUUGGAGUGACAUGCGAUGUUACAGUUCCCUCCCCAGUUCCAGUACGCCUUGUUGAUGGUAACGCCCCGAAUGAGGGAAGAGUGGAGCUCUACUACGAUUGCAACUGGGGUACAAUAUGUGAUUCUUCAAAUGUCUGGACCAUUGAAAAUGCUCAUGUCAUCUGUCGACAGCUCGGCUACCCUUCUGCCUCCCAGGUCUGGAGGAAUGCUCACUUUGGCCAGGGAUCAGGUCCGAUUCUACUGGCCAAUGUUGUAUGUGAUGGAACUGAAUCACGCAUCGAAAAGUGUGAUCACAGAGGAUGGUUUGAUUAUUAUAAUGGCUGUUAUCAUAGGCACGACGUCGGAGUGACCUGUAGUGGCGUUACCACUUCAGUUUCAGUACGUCUUGCCAACGGAACCACCCCUUAUGAGGGCAGAGUGGAAGUGUACUACCAAAACAAGUGGGGUACGGUCUGUAGUAGCGGAUGGGGCAUCAAAGAAGCAGACGUCGUCUGUGGACAGCUCGGCUAUCCUUCUGCGUCAAUGAUCCACAGGGAUGCAUAUUUUGGAGAAGGGUCGGGAUUCAUUCUCUUGGAUGGUGUUGGUUGCAAUGGCACAGAAUCGAGUAUCGACCAGUGUGAUUAUAGCGGAUGGUUGAACAAUAACUGUGAUCAUGGCCAGGAUGUUGGUGUGACUUGUGAUUUCUUAAACCCAUCAACAGUUUCAGUCCGGCUCGUGAAUGGGGAUGCACCUAAUGAAGGUCGAGUGGAAGUCUACUACAAAUGCCACUGGGGUACAAUCUGCAGUAAUGGCUGGAGCAUCAGAGAUGCCCAUGUCAUCUGCAGACAGCUCGGCUACUCUUCUGCAUCCCAGUCCUGGCGGUAUGCUCACUUCGGCCACGGAACAGGACCGAUUCUCCUUAACAAUGUUGCGUGUCAAGGCAAUGAAUCAAGCAUUGACCAGUGUCACCACAGUGGGUGGUAUGAUAACUCAGGCUGCAAUCAUUUUAGCGACGCUGGUGUGACCUGUGACUUGGCAUUACCUCCGCCAGUAUCUGUACGUCUGAUUAAUGGGGACACACCUCAUGAGGGUACAGUUGAGGUGUACUACAGAGGCCAGUGGGGGAGUGUCUGUGGCAGCUACUGGAAGUUAGAAGAGGCCAACGUCGUAUGUCGACAGCUCGGCUACCCUUCUGCAUCCCAGGCCUGGCCGUAUGCUUACUUUGGUCAAGGAUCAGGACCGAUUCUCCUGCACAACGUUGAAUGUGAUGGACAUGAAUCAAGCAUUGAUCAGUGUGAUCAUCGAGGCUGGAGCAAUCAUUACUGUAAUCAUUACUAUGAUGUCGGAGUGACGUGUGAUCUUACCAUUCCGUCACCAGUUUUGGUACGCCUUGCCGAUGGCAGCACCCCUUAUGAAGGAAGAGUGGAGCUCUACUAUCAGUGCUACUGGGGUACAGUCAGUGAUUACGAUUGGACCAUCGAAGAUGCCAACGUUAUCUGUCAACAGCUCGGCUACUCUUCUGCAGUGCAGUCCUUGGGUCGUGCACAUUUUGGUCGAGGAUCAGGACCGAUUCUCUUGCACAACGUUGAGUGUGAUGGAUACGAGUCGAGUAUCGACAAAUGUGAUCACAACGGAUGGUAUGCACACAAUGAAUACUUCUACUACUUCUCUGGUCAUAACAAUGAUGCUGGUGUAGUGUGUAAUGUCACGCUACCCAUACCUGUCUUGGUGCGUCUUGCCAAUGGUAGCAGCGCUUUUGAGGGUACAGUGGAAGUGUACUACCAAGAUCAAUGGGGUACAAUCUGUGAUGAUGGCUGGAGCAUUGAAGAUGCCAACGUCAUCUGUCGACAGCUCGGCCUUCCUCCUGCAUCACAGGCGUGGCGUGGUGCUCACUUUGGCCAAGGAUCAGGACCUAUUCUCCUCAGCAAUGCCGCUUGUAUUGGCAACGAGUCAAGCAUUGACCAGUGCGCACACAGUGAAUGGUUCAGUCAUAACUGCGAUCAUGCCGAUGAUGUAGGAGUCACUUGUGGGGAAUCACGUAAUAUCACAGCCUUCUCACAGCUUUCGGUUCGUUUAAUGGAUGGCAGCACUCCUCAUGAAGGGUUUGUUGAAGUUUAUGAUCGAUGUCAGUGGGGAUCAAUCGCAAGCAAUCAGUGGAGCAUCAGAGAGGCCAACGUUAUCUGUCACCAGCUUGGUUACCCGUCGGCAUCCCAGGCCUGGCAACACUAUUAUGGGCGGUCACGCCUCAUUCUCUUAGCAGACGUUGAAUGCAGUGGAAACGAGUCAAGAAUUGACCAGUGUGAUUACAGGAGCAUUUUCGAUGAUACCGAUGAUUACUAUUACUAUUUUUAUUAUGACAUCGUGGGAGUAACGUGCAAUCCUACAACUCCUCCACCGGUUCUAGUCCGACUAGCCGACGGGAGCACGCCACACGAGGGUAGAGUGGAGGUGUACUACAAAUGUCAGUGGGGAACUAUUUGUAGUAGUAGCUGGGACAUAGAAGACGCCAACGUCAUCUGUCGACAGCUUGGAUAUCCUUCUGCAUCACAGGCCUGGCGGAAUGCUCACUUUGGUCAAGGAUCAGGACCAGUUCUUCUAGACAGAGUUGGGUGUGAUGGAGACGAAACCACCAUUGAUCAGUGUGAUCACAGUGGAUGGUUUAGUCAAUACUGUUACACUCAUAAUAAUGAUGUUGGAGUUACGUGCAACGCACCAGCUCAUUUACCUGUACUGGUGCGUCUUGCCGAUGGUAGCAACCCUUUUGAAGGUAGAGUGGAAGUGUACUACCAAGAUCAAUGGGGAACAGUCUGCGAUGAUGGCUGGAGCGUCGAAGAUGCUAACAUCAUCUGUCGACAGCUUGGCCUCCCUCCUGCAUCACAGGCGUGGCGUAGUGCUCACUUUGGCCAAGGAUCGGGACCUAUUCUCCUCGGCAAUAUUGCUUGUAAUGGCAACGAGUCAAGCAUUGACCAAUGUGACCACAGUGGAUGGUUACCUAAUGCCUGUAGUCACGGUGACGAUGCUGGGGUUACCUGUGGAGAUCACCAUAUCAAUGGAACCUCCCAACAAAUUUCCGUCCGUCUGGUGAAUGGUAACACUCCCAAUGAAGGAAGAGUAGAAGUGUACUACAAAUGCUUCUGGGGUACAAUCUGCCAUAACGGCUGGACCAUCAGAGAUGCCAACGUCAUCUGUCGACAGCUUGGCUACCCUUCUGCAUCCCAGGCUUGGCGGAAUGCUCAUUUUGGCCGAGGAUCAGGACCUAUUCUCCUCGACAAAGUUGCGUGUAAAGGAACCGAAGAAAGCAUCGAGCAAUGCGAGCACAGUGGAUGGUUCACGCACGGAUGUCAACACUAUUACGAUGCAGGAGUGACUUGCAACACUGACGAGGAUGCUACCUUUCCUCCAUUAGAUACUGAGCCUCCUGUCAUUACGUGUCCAGCGAGUCUGACAGUGGAGACUGAUUCCCGCCAGAAUGUUGCUACAGUCUCACUACCCGCGGCUGCUUUUGUUUCUGACAACUCGGGAGAGGUCACGAUAAUCAUCAAUUUAGAUGGUUCUGGGCAACAUUACAAUUAUGAAGCCAACGAUGACGUCAUUUUGAGCCUACAUGAGUCGCCACAUUUGUUGCAUUACACCGCCUUUGAUGACUCUGACAAUAGGGCGUCAUGUGACAUGUACAUUAAUGUUGUUGAUAAUGAACCCCCUGAGGUCCUCGGUUGUCCAGAUGACGUCAUCAUUCCCGUCAUCUCAUCGUCCAAUCAGGUGUCUCAUAGCUGGACGCCCCCAAUGACCUCUGACAACUCCAAUACUGAGGUAGAUGUGACAUUUACCUGCCAGGUAACCCCCGCCUGUUACCAAGCUGGUCACGGUACAUUUCCGGUUGGGGUAUCUAUAGUGAGGUACACAGCUAGAGAUCGGUCUGGGAAUGAGAACAUCUGCGAUUUUAGUAUAACAGUUACAGUCGUGGAUAUUGUCUGCCCAGCAAAUGUGACAGCCUUGGCCAGUCCUGGUUUGAACAGAACCAGCGUGAACUGGAUAGAACCAGAUCUGACCGGAUGGGACGGGCCCACCAACUUUACCUCUACCGCCAAUCCCGGUGAUUCAUUUCUGAUAGGAACUCACAAAGUUACUUAUCAACAGUGGUUUGCAAAGUAUGGCGUGCUUCUGGAAUGUUCAUUCUUUGGGACGGUUGUAGGUCAGUGUGAAACUGAAAGAUACGAAGGUCUCACGUGGCCUGUGACGUCAGCAGGAUCAAUUGCAAAGUCAUUGGAGAGAUGCCCUCUUCAGACCGUGAAUGCCGGUCAACCUCGAGCGGUGAGGCAGUGUUCAGUUGUAGAGCCUCCCGUGUACUUCCAAUGGGAGGAGUACGAGCCUCGCAGCUGUGGUGAAAAUAGGAACGAGGUUACCCUCGAAGACGUUGAAGAGGUUGAGGUUAGUACAGGAAACGUGGUUGAAGUGGCCGAGUUUCUGGCCAAUCAGACGUCAGAGUCAUCUGAGGGUGCAGAAGAUGUGGAGGUCGUGUCCAACAUUUUGGUGAACAUUGUCGAGGCGGGAUCUGGUGACACAGAGGUUACUAAGCUGGUGUUGAAGACCGUAAGCAAUGUCAUCAUGAGUGUUGCAGAAACUCCUAACUCCCAGACUCCCGAUAUCAGUGCUGAAAGCUCCUCCGAUAUCAUCCAGUCAGUAGAGAGUCAGGUCUCCUUGACUCUGAGACAAGAACGUGAGGUCAGUAUACGUCAGGACACCAUCCACGUCGAGGCGGUCAGUUUGGAUCCAAUGCAGGCUCGAAAUGGACUCAGCUUUGUAUCAGUACGACAGCCUGGACAAGGGUCACCACAAGAGGGCUCGCUCGUUGGUACUGAGGUGCAGACCAUUAUGGGUUCCAAUGAGAUCCCUAAGGGGAUCGACGUGCUGGCAUCGGUGCAGUUACCAGGAAGCAUUCUUCACUUGAUUCAGUCAGCUGACAAUAACAACUCUGCCCAGCUGCAAGCCAGUUUCCUGAUCUACGCUGAUGACACGUUGUUCCAGUCUGCUUCAAUUAAAGAGCAUCAAGGGGAGGAUAACACUACUCGUAAGGUCGCUGGAUCUGUCGUCUCACUGACUGUGGAGAAUGUUGAACUUGUCGAUCUUCCAGAACCAGUCGUGAUUGAAUUCAAGGCACCUGAUGCUAAAACAGACGAAAAGUUGGAGAACAUCUCGUGUGUCUCCUGGGACUUUGAACUUGAAGACGGAGUUGGUGAUUGGUCGACAGCUGGCUGCGUGCUUGCACAACUGUCCAAUGAGACAGUCGCCUGUAAUUGCUCCCACGCCACCAACUUUGCCAUCCUCGUGGAUGUGAAAGGCCAAGCACAUGAAAGUACUACUGCUAAGAAAGUACUUGAUAUCAUCAGCCAGGUGGGCUGUGCAGUAUCGAUCGUAGCUCUGGCUAUCACGCUGAUUAUAUACCUAGCCAUCAGAAAGCUACGGAGCAGCAAAUCGCGUCAGAUCUUCAUCCAUUUCUGCUUCUCCCUUUUCAUGUUGUACAUCGUGUUCCUUGCCGGCAUUGAGAAUGCCAAGGCUACCACAGGUGGUUGUGCGUUUGUGGCUGCUUUACUCCACUACUUGACUCUGUCCUCUAUGAUGUGGAUGGCCGUAGAAGCCAGGAACAUGUACGUCAGUACGGUGAAGGUGUUCCCAGAAGACACGCCUCACUACAUGCUCAAGGCUUGCCUCAUCGCUUGGGGCUUACCGUUGAUAGUCUUGACCAUCACACUAGCCGCAGCGUCACAUCACUAUGGCAACGAGCAUUACUGCUUCGUUGAGCCUGGUCUUGUGUUGUACCUCGGCCUCCUUGUUCCCAUUGGUCUCAUCCUUCUCCACAACAUCAUCACCUUCAUCUUGGUCAUGCGCAGUCUCCUGAAGGUCAGAGAGGCAUCUCGCUCCCAGCAGAUCUCUAAACGCCUCCAGAAUGCCGUGGGAAUCUCCGCCCUUAUGGGAUUGACCUGGAGUUUUGGGUUCCUGGUCAUCAUCCAUGGCGCCGCCACGUCCGGUGAUGGCGCCAUGUCCGAUGACAAGGCUGGAUUUGCCUUCCAGCUCAUCUUCUGUCUGGCCAACUCCUUUCAGGGCCUGGUUGUCUUCAUCAUGUUCUGCGUUCGUCGUGAGGAGGUUCGUUCCGCCAUCGCACCGUAUUUCAGUCGCUUCAGCCGCCGUUUGCCAAUCAAACGCCCUGCUAAGUCCAACGAUGCUGAACUGGUUUCCACAUCGGCAGCUCCUACUUCACCAUCCAGCUUCCAAACUUCCAGCUUUGACGUGUCCAUUUCUGGAACCCAGUAAAUAACGACAUAGUGACAUGAAGAACACAAAUCAAU